UAAAAAAGUUACGUCAUUUAUUUAUCGAAGAAAUAUAACUAAACGACUAUUGAUGCUUACUACUUUUGAGACUGAUCUCCUCUGUCAGAUGCGUAUGAUGCGAAUAGUAAUUUUUUCUUCUCGCUUUUAUCGAAUCCAAAAUUUGAUAUCCACGUGACUUACCGAUCUGUUGAGAUGUGUGCCUUGUCCACCGAUGUAGACGUUAAGUGUCGUGCUAAAGUCUUAUCUUUAAUUUUUUUUCUUUUAAACGUGUUAUAAACGUGCCAAGGGCGAUAUUAAACUUGUAAAAUAUUCAAGACGAUAAUAUUAAUCACAUCCACGAAUCAUGUUGAGAAAAUUUUCACUCAAGAUAUUGGACACGAUAGGUACUUUAUUAAAAUACGGGUGCGUAAGUUACUGUGUGUUAGAAUAUAUCGGUGAUUUUGUUGUGUGCACAGGGCCUUCCAUGGAGCCAACGAUUUACAGCAACGAUAUACUACUAACGGAGCAUGUAACUCCGCGACGACACCGUAUAGACAGAGGAGAUAUAGUUAUCUCAAAAUGCCCAUCAAACCCAUGUCAACACAUUUGCAAACGGGUAACUGGUAUCCCUGGAGACAAAAUCCGUGAUGGACUUUCAACUUACAUCGUACCUAAUGGUCAUGUUUGGCUCGAAGGUGAUAAUAGGGACAAUUCGACGGAUUCUCGUAUCUACGGCCCUGUUCCGCAGGCCCUUUUACGAGGUCGUGCAAUGUGCAAAGUCUGGCCGCCCGGCGGUAUCUAAUUACUAUAAGGAAAUAGUGCAGUAUACUCAUUACCUAAAUUACUUGUAUUCAUUUCAUACUUUUCCCAUGCCGAACAUUACUGGCCAUCAUAACGCAUAUAUUCUACAGUAGCAGUAAUUGUAAAUAAGAUAUAUGCAUGCAAUUUAGACGCAAAAAUAUGUUUC